UGUUCUCGGAGGAGGUGCAUGCCUUUUGAUCCCUCGCCCGUGGGUUAGCGCGGUCGCAUUGUCCAUCAUUUCUGUUUAAAAGUUUCCCGUUAUCCUCUUGUCAGACUUUUGUGAUUGUGAAUGAUAAGUCAAGAUGUGAAUUUGUAAUAUUUUAUUGAUGUAAGGAAUGGCAUACGGAAAAUGGGUUGGACUUAAAAAAACAACAAACUGAUUCGAGAAUGUGAAAAGUAAAAAAAAAAAAAAAAAAAAAAAAACUGAAUAUGUACUAUAAUUGGAAAAACUUUUUCCUUACGAUUUAAUAUCAAGAUUCGUUUGAAGAAGAAGAAGAAGACAAAACAUUCAAACUUAUCCAUAUUUUUUCAACAUCCUACCAAAACGAGGAGUACUUAUGUUUCACAAGAUUCCCAUGAUUACACGACUUUCACAUCGAUCACUGUUCCUUCACACUUAAGCAAGGGCGAUGCUCCGGUGCGGGGCCCGAGGAGCCAUGUGCUGCGGCGCGUGAGUGACCAGUGCCCCGCCAGUGCCACGUCCGCCAUGGCCCUCUCAGCUGCGUCGUCGUCCCUCGCCCUGCUGGCUGCCGUCGCCGCCGUCGUCGUCGUGCCCGGCGCCCACGGCGCGGCUCACCGAAGCGGGGAGCAAGGGGGGGGCGGCCCCUCUCGCUGCGACACCUGCCCCUAUUUCCUCAACACCAGCACUUUGGUCACCACCUCGCAGAGCAUCCCCACCAACCUCACCUGCGGCGUCAGGAACCUCGGCGAUAGGAAGGUAUCCUGGAUCAGAAGGCGUGACCUGCAUGUCCUCACGACCGGAACCUUCACCUACACGACCGACAGCAGGUUCCGCGCCCUUCACCUGCCCGGCUCCCCUUACUGGUCCCUGGAGGUGGGCGACCCCGGAGUCAGCGAUUCAGGUGUCUACGAGUGCCAGGUGUCGACGCAGCCCAAGAUCUUCAGGAGGUUCACCCUCACUGUUGUCGUACCCAGUGCAGAGAUCACGGGCACACAGCAGAUGUUCAUGAAGGCGGGCAGUGACAUCAACAUCACCUGCGUCGUUAAGGACAGCAUCAGGGGCGCCUCCAUCAAUUGGUACCACACGCUACCCCAUGCCCGGAACAGCGUGCAGGUGGAGGAGAUCAGCACAGCUGGUCGCGGUGGCGUCCAGCUGGUAACGGACAAGCACGCGGGAACCAGCUGGCUGUUGGUCACCCACGCCACCUGGAGAGACGCCGGGAACUAUUCGUGCGUCCCCGCCCACGGCCGCCCAACCACCGUGUCCAUACAUGUGCUGGACGACGAGAGUAUAACUGGCUCAGGUGUUAUCGUUGCAGAGGAGGUCCCUGCAGCCAUGCAACAUGACCUCCACCCCAGCGCCGCCUCCAGCCGCACCCCCCCGCCGCCUCCGCGCCCGUACCUGCACCUGCUGUACCUCUUGCUGGCGCACGCCCUGCUGUGCCUGACGGGCGGCGGCGGCGGCGUGGGCGGUGCGAGGGCGUGGCUGCGUUGCUGGUGCCUGGCCUGGGGUCUCCUCGUGGCGCUGCUCCUCCUGCCGGGCCUGGCGCCUCCGGCAGCCUGGCGACCUGGGGCGGCUCUCCACGGCGGCGUCCUCGGCGUCAGCUCGAGCGCCCCCCUCACGUAACACAGGCGGGGAGCCGGUCUACAGUCCUCUAUUUUCGACAGCUAUCCCUUGUAAAUUUAUAUACAUAUACAUAUGAAUACCACAUAGCCUCUGCGUGUAUGUGUGUAUGAAUAAACCUGAAGGUGUUUCUUUGUCCAGCCGAACCUCGUGUCGCACUUGCAGCCUUGAGAAGAAGCCUGACUCGCUCUCACCAAGACUUUCGAUGAAAGCUUUCAUGAAGGAGAAAGGCAUCGGUGACUCCAUUUCCCGUUUAAUGUUUACUAUCGUUUGGAGCUUCCUCUUCAGAGAUGA